AUGGCAGCAACACAGAAGCUCUACCCCCGCGGCACGGUCAAGCGCAUUGUCAAAGCGCACUCUAAUCGCAGUGUGAGCAAGAAUGCCGAUAUCCUGAUAUUCCUCGACUACAUGCUAUUCAUGCAAGAAUUGAUGCGCGAGGCUUCUAUUCGAUCACGCAAGUCAGGCGAAAAGAAUAUAUCGGCCAAUUCUGUCCGCAAGGUCACUGAGAAAACCUUGCGCAAAUUCCAAGGAUGA